GUUUGGCUAUGUCAGUUUAUGUUUACUAACCAUACGUCCAACAUGGUUAAGCACGUGGAAGAAAUCGAAAUUAAAGAGGAGACGGAGGAUGAUCUGAAACCCUCUACUGAAGGUGAAGUGUUGAUGCCCCAAGAGACUUCGUUUGGUCUCAUCAGAAACAAAGUUGUCCGAAAUCAGUUUUAUAACAAAUACAAAAAGGAACAACAGAAGAUUAAAAGAGAUAUCAAGAAGAAGAGAGAGAUUGGUGGUGAGAAGAAGACCCCACAUACCAUUGAAUCAUUGCGAGUAAAAGAUGAGACAACUGUUGGUGAUUUGAAUGACGAAGACAAUGAGAUUAUUCGUGCUGAUUUGGAGCAGGAUGAAUUUUCAAAAUAUUAUGAAAACAGCUAUGUGCCUAAAGUGCUUAUAACAUAUGCAGAAAAUCCUGUUAGCAGGACUAGGACUUUUGGUAAAGAGUUGCAAAGGAUAAUCCCUAACUCAAGAAGAUUAUUGAGAAACCAUUUGGGAAUUAAACAAUUGGUGAAGGAAGGUAUUAAGAAGGAAUUCACAGAUAUUUUGAUUAUCAAUGAAAACAGGAGGCAACCGAAUGGUUUGUUAGUCAUUCAUCUACCAAAUGGCCCAACAGCCCACUUUAAAUUGUCAAGUCUAAAAUUAACAACUGACAUGAACAAAGAUUAUAAAAGGAUCAGUUUGUACAGGCCUGAAGUUAUUUUGAAUAAUUUUUCGACUAGACUUGGUUUGGGUAUUGGACGCAUGCUAGGAGCCCUUUUCCAUUAUAAUCCUGAAUUCGUUGGUCGCAGAGCUGUAGCCUUCCACAAUCAGCGAGAUUACAUAUUCUUUAGACAUUAUUUGUAUGAGUUUGAUAAAGAUGGAAAGAGAUCGAAACUGUUUGAAACAGGGCCAAGGUUCACUCUGAAACUAAGGUCAUUGCAGAAAGGUACAUUCGAUAGUAAAUAUGGUCAGUACGAGUGGAUCAUCGAGGGCCGAAGACACGACUUGGAGAGCAACAGAAGACGUUUCCAUUUGUAAACAUUUGAAAGAAAAACUAAUAAAGAUUUUAAUAAUGUUAAGGUUUAAA